AUGCUGCGCCGCACUGCACGAUGUGCGAUGGGCAACAGCCGCUUCAGCGGCAGCAAGGAGCGCGACCGCAUCGAGCAGGAGCGCCGCCGCCACGUGCUCUAUGACGCUGCAGGCAACCUCCAGAUCGGCGGCCUCCUACUCCUGAUGUACGACGACUUCAAGAAGCCCGCCGCCAUCGGCCUUGCCAUUGCUGUUUUCCUCUACGGCUAUAACCGACUGCUUGUGCACCUGUCGCGAGAGGAGGAGGCAGAGGGCCUGCGGCUAGACGUGCAGAGCGAAGCAGUGGCCCGGCAGACAGGCAAGCUGAAGGCGGAUCGGUAUCUCGUCAAGCCGAACCGCCAGAUCGACGACCCUGAUUUUUUCAACAUCCCCGCCUUGGGCGGCAAAGGGGUCAGCUCGAGUCGACUCUUGAGCGAUGACAGCGUGAGCAGCGGGACUCUGCAUAGCGAACGAAACCGCAGCUCAUAG